AACUGCCAUCACGACGAUGAUUGCCUCAAUGGUGGAAAAUGCUUAGCUGAACCUAACUCAAUCACAUCAGCCAGUUGCUAUUGCACCUAUGGGUUCUUUGGCAAAAAUUGCGAACAAAGUUAUGAACAUAGUGAUGACACCUGCUUCUCCUAUGCUAGUAUCCAGGAGAAGAAGUAUGAGAUGUAUGGCAUGUUCGAUUCAUCUUGCUACAAUAAGGACAAACUAAAUGAGAAUGAUUUUGUUUACUAUAGGAAGGUUAAGAACGACGUGGAAAUCAUACUAGACUUCAGUUCCACAUCUUGGGUAUCCAUAGGUUGGCGACCAGAGGGUUUGGACAAAUCCUGCCGCCUAUUCCCGGAUCUUGAGGGUGUUCGAUCAAAGCGUUCUUCAACAGUUGAAAUGCCCCCACUUCAUCCGCCUCCAUCUCAACCCAUUCGGAGAGAUCCACCACCAACUGACAAUACGCAACCAGAAACAGUCUUUGAUCGUGAUCAUCCGCCGACAAAAAUCGCUCAAGAAGUGGACACAGCUCUGCGAGCUCCUCUACAUGCUAUGGAUUGUGUGGAUGUGUUGAUUGGUGCAGUUCGAGAUGGACGAACUCGAGUGCAAGACUCUUAUUCUAGAGAUCGAUCCACACCAUUGGAAGAUCAUUGGUAUGAUGGUGAGAUGUCGUUGGUUGCUUCAGCUGGACGAGAAGUUGAUGGUAGAACUAUAGUGAUGUUCCGAAGAGCAAUGCAAGGUAAGGAAAUUAUUAGAACUACAAGAUUGCGAAUACAGAAAUAUUGGCCAUCUCAAGCAACAUUAUUUCAGCGUCUGAUAUCACUUUCAAAUGAUUAUUUCACUUUUUCCCUAGAAAUCGAGCCCACCGACCAUCCAUUAGGCCCUGGCCGUAUGUAUGUAGUAUGGGCCAAAGGCCAACAACAAGGUGCGUACACCCAUGUAGCUCAGUCAGCUCUGGACGAUGGCAAUCAUUCUACUAUCCAGUUCUAUCCGGAUGAUAUUCUCAAAUAUCAUGGAGCCAAGAAUCGUGGGGUGCAUCCGAUUGACUUCACGAUACCGGUGAAAAUGCCUCGACCUGGGGAUGCAGCUUUUGGCGUUAAUAUAGCUGCA